GAUAGAUAGACACAUUAAAUCCUAUAUAAACACCCAAGUCUUGUGCUACAUUUGAUCACAACAGAUAGAUACAAAUCACCAUUUGAAAACUAUGGUAUCUUUAUUCAAAGCACUGUCCAUGACUCCGAGAACCGAUGUUAACGACGAGUUCGAAGCGUCGACGAAGAAAAGAAAGUGGGAGGAACCAUUUACUGAAGAGUUUUUUGAUAAGAAAUCGACUUUCGAUAUAAAGCCUCGCCUUAAGACGAUGUUUCCGUCUGAUAAAUGGCGUCAAUACUUAAGUAUUCAGUCAGGGCAGAUACAGUUGUGUAACACGAAACUGGACGAGACUGCGACUGAAGACUCGAAUUUACGAAGCGUUCGAGUGCUUCCUUCUGAUCAGAUGAGCUUAGACCUUGAGCUAAACCUGACAUGUGAAUCACAGAGGAGAAAAGAAAGCAAGACUAGUUGUGAUGAGAUUACUGAGAAGCGUAAUUCUGGUAAUUCGCCGAAGAAUUUGACAAAACAUGAUGAUGACCUUUGUGGUGAUCAAUCGAACAAGUGUAAGAAAGAUGCGUCGGGCGGUUUAAACGGUUCGCCGUCGUGGCUGUCGACGAGCGAGGGAGAUUACAAAGAGAUGGUUGCAACAGUUUGUAUGCAGUGCCAUAUGUUGGUAAUGCUAUGCAAGUCAUCACCUGCUUGUCCUAACUGCAAAUUCAUGCACUCGCCAGAUCAGAACCCUUCGAAAUUCUUGAAGAGUAGGUGCAGCAGCUUCUUCUGUUCUAGUUAGGAACUUGCAGAUACUACUCUUCUAGAAAUUUUCAGCUUUAUAUACAGCAUGGCAUGGACCAAUCCUAUGUUAUCUAUGUUGUUCAUUUCACUUUUCUAUAUAUAUCUAGCCUAGUAUAUAUUCAUAUCA